UCUCUCUAUAUCUCACCCUCUCUCACACCCGCAAAGAGAGUGAACAAAACCUAUACUCCUUCUCCCCACCCCCCCACCGAUUGUACCUCCCUUGUACAUAUCAUAAAAAUCUCCCUUUAAUAUCACAAGCGGCUGUCACACCGCACUUUCCAUUUCCAAUCAUGGGUGUCGUACACGACCUGGACACCUCCCAUGAUGACCACAAGGAGGGAACCGCGUUGGAGAUGGACGAUGUCCUCAAGGACCCCAAGGCCAUCGAGGAAUUCAACGAAGCUGCCAUGGAUGCAGAGUUGUUGCAACUCGAAGAGCAGCUGCAGGAGAGGAAGCCCGGUUGGUUCGUGGGCUUCUCCAAUCCAUCUGUGUAUACCUACGUCCUAGUGGCCUUUGCCUCCAUGGGUGGUCUGCUCUCCGGUCUGGAUCAGUCCCUCAUCAGUGGUGCCAACAUCUAUCUGCCCGAUGCAUUGAACCUCACCGACAACCAAAGUAGUCUUGUGGAUGCUGGUAUGCCUCUGGGUGCCGUGGCCGGUGCCCUGAUCCUCUCCCCCGCCAACGAGUACCUGGGUCGUCGCAUGGCCAUCAUCGUCUCCUGCAUCCUGUAUACUAUCGGUGCCGCCUUGGAGGCCGGUGCCAUCAGCUUCGGUAUGAUCUUUGCUGGACGUUUCGUGCUUGGUAUGGGUGUGGGUCUGGAAGGUGGUACAGUCCCUGUGUAUGUCGCCGAGUCUGUGCCCCGCAAGAUGCGUGGUAACCUCGUCUCACUGUACCAAUUGAACAUCGCUCUCGGUGAAGUCCUGGGCUAUGCCGUGGCCGCCAUCUUCCUCGAUGUCAAGGGUAACUGGCGUUACAUCCUGGGAUCUUCCCUGGUGUUCUCGACCAUUCUGCUGGUGGGUAUGCUUUUCCUGCCGGAGAGUCCGCGUUACCUCAUGCACAAGGGCCGGGCCGUGGAAGCCUACGGCGUGUGGAAGCGAAUCCGCGGCUUCAACGACUACGACGCCAAGGACGAGUUCCUGGGCAUGCGCCAGGCGGUGGAUGCCGAGCGCGAAGAACAAGCCGCUACCAAGAAGUACGCCUGGAUGGACUUCAUCACGGUGCCGCGCGCCCGUCGCGCCAUGGUCUACGCCAACAUCAUGGUCUUCCUGGGCCAAUUCACCGGUGUCAACGCCAUCAUGUACUACAUGAGCACACUGAUGGGUGCCAUCGGCUUCGACGAGCGUGACAGCGUCUUCAUGUCUUUGGUUGGUGGUGGCUCCCUCCUGAUCGGCACCAUCCCGGCGGUGCUGUACAUGGAACGGUUUGGCCGCCGCUACUGGGCCAAUGCGAUGCUCCCCGGGUUUUUCAUCGGCUUAGUGCUGGUGGGCAUCGGCUACCAGAUCAACUACCAGACCCACCCCAAAGCCGCCCAGGGCGUCUACCUCACCGGCAUUAUCCUCUACCAGGCCUUCUUCGGCUCCUACGCCUGUCUCACCUGGGUCGUGCCCGCCGAAGUCUUCCCCACUUAUUUGCGCAGUUACGGCAUGACCACCGCCGACGCCAACCUCUUCCUCUGCUCCUUCAUCGUCACCUACAACUUCACCCGCAUGAUGAAGGCCAUGAGCCGGAUCGGUCUGACUCUGGGUUUCUAUGGUGGAAUUGCCUUCAUUGGCUGGUUCUACCAGAUCAUUUUCAUGCCUGAGACCAAGAACAAGUCCCUCGAGGAAAUCGAUGAGCUUUUCUCCCGUCCCACUUCUGCUAUUGUCAAAGAGAAUCUGAAGAGUACGGGCGAGGUCAUUGAUGAUUUGUUCCACUUGCGCUUCAAGAAGGUGUUUUCGCCGCCGCCGAAGGAGGACUGAUUGAUUGAUUCAUGGGUUGGGAGUAUUCUGACCCAUGUAUCGUUUUUGGUCAAUGUGGAUGAUGUAUAUGUUUAUGAAUUUAGGAUGAUCUGAAGAUGAUGAAACAAGAAGAAAAACAGAAAAAAGAAACGAAAAAUUGGGUAUCUCCCCGCUUUUUUUUUAUUUACUUACGGGUUUAUGAGGACUCUAUAUGCUCUAAUUCAUGUCUGAUG